AUGAUGCUGCAGACACUGCUGGUCAGCUGCACCCUCGCCCUGCUCCGGGUGUCCCCAGGCCAGGCCCAGGUCCCCAUCCAGGCCAACUUCGAUGCCAGCCAGUUCCAGGGCACCUGGUACGUGGUCGCGGCGGCGUCGGAUGACCCGGGCUUCCUGGACGCCAAGGACAGCAUGAAGAUGCCCGUGGUCUGGGUGUCCCCUGUGGCCAAUGGCGACCUGGCCCUCAAGUUUGGGUACUCCAUGCCCGAUGGCGGAUGUCAGAAGAUGGACACCACCUUCAGCAGGGGUGCUGUGGACGGACAGUUCAGCAAUGCGGCCAUGGCCCAGACCGACAUCCGGGUGGUGUCCACUGAUUACGCGCACUUCGCCGUGCUGUACCUGGAGACGCAGAAGGCGGGCGUUAGGAACGUCUGGCUGCAGCUCUUCGCCCGUACCCCAGAGAUGUUUCCUGAAGGAGCCGAGAAGAUGAGGCAGCUGGCACCCCAAGUGGGCCUGAACCCCAGCGAGGGCACCCUGCUGGCCAAGUCGGGCCCCACCUACCUCGCGCUGGGAGAAGCCCGCACCCAGGCCCACAUCAGAUAA